UGAAGCCCCGCGGACUGCGCAGGCAGGACCUGAGGCCCAGGCAGUUGGUACGAGGAGGAAGCCCAGAGCUCCCGAUCCUGUCAGCCAUGAGUGAACGCAAGUGUCCUGUGGGGCUGAUGUCCUCCGUGGUGGCCCCAGCCAAGGAGCCCAAUGCUGUAGGGCCCCGAGAGGUGGAGCUUGUCCUGGUCAAGGAACAGAAUGGCGUGCAGCUCACCAACUCCACGCUCAUCAGUGCGCCCCACAGCCCCGUGGAGGCCCAGGAGCGGGAGACCUGGGGCAAGAAGAUUGACUUCCUGUUGUCGGUCAUCGGCUUUGCCGUGGACCUGGCCAAUGUCUGGCGGUUUCCCUACCUGUGCUACAAAAAUGGUGGAGGAGCCUUCCUGGUGCCCUACCUGCUCUUUAUGGUGAUUGCUGGGAUGCCCCUAUUCUACAUGGAGCUGGCUCUGGGGCAGUUCAACAGGGAGGGGGCCGCUGGUGUCUGGAAGAUCUGCCCCAUCCUGAAGGGUGUGGGCUUCACAGUCAUCCUCAUCUCACUCUACGUGGGCUUCUUCUACAACGUCAUCAUCGCCUGGGCGCUGCACUACCUCUUCUCUUCCUUCUCCGUGGAGCUGCCCUGGACCCACUGCAACAACACCUGGAACAGCCCCAACUGUUCCGAUGCCCCCACGGGCAACGCCAGUGACAGCCCCGGCCUCAACAGCACCUUUGGGACCACACCCGCAGCUGAGUACUUCGAGCGUGGCGUGCUGCACCUGCACCUGAGCCAUGGCAUUGACGACCUGGGCCCGCCGCGCUGGCAGCUCACAGCCUGCCUGGUGCUGGUCAUCGUGUUGCUCUACUUCAGCCUGUGGAAGGGCGUGAAGACCUCGGGCAAGGUCGUGUGGAUCACGGCCACCAUGCCCUAUGUGGUCCUCACUGCCCUGCUCUUGCGUGGGCUCACCCUCCCAGGGGCUAUCGACGGCAUCCGGGCCUACCUGAGUGUGGACUUCUACCGGCUCUGCGAGGCAUCAGUAUGGAUUGAUGCCGCCACCCAGGUGUGCUUCUCCUUAGGCGUGGGCUUUGGGGUGCUGAUCGCUUUCUCCAGUUACAACAAGUUCACCAACAACUGCUAUCGAGACGCGAUCCUCACCACCUCCAUCAACUCCCUGACCAGCUUCUCCUCAGGCUUCGUGGUCUUCUCCUUCCUCGGGUACAUGGCCCAGAAGCACAGCGUGCCCAUCGGGGAUGUAGCCGAGGAUGGCCCUGGGCUGAUCUUCAUCAUCUACCCGGAGGCCAUCGCCACGCUCCCGCUGUCCUCGGCCUGGGCCGUGGUGUUCUUCAUCAUGCUGCUCACCCUGGGGCUCGACAGCGCCAUGGGUGGCAUGGAGUCUGUGAUCACGGGGCUCAUCGACGAGUUUCAACUGCUACACCGGCACCGGGAGCUCUUCACACUGUGCAUCGUGCUGGGCACCUUCCUGCUGUCACUCUUCUGCGUCACCAAUGGGGGCAUCUACGUCUUCACAUUGCUGGACCACUUUGCAGCCGGCACGUCCAUCCUCUUCGGGGUGCUCAUUGAAGCCAUUGGGGUGGCCUGGUUCUAUGGUGUCCGACAGUUCAGCGAGGACAUCAAGCAGAUGACGGGGCGGCGGCCCAGCCUGUACUGGCGGCUGUGCUGGAAACUGGUCAGCCCCUGCUUCCUGCUGUUUGUGGUCGUGGUCAGCGUUGUGACCUUCAGGCCUCCUCACUAUGGCACCUACGUCUUCCCUGCCUGGGCCAAUGCGCUGGGCUGGGCAGUUGCCACCUCCUCCAUGGCUAUGGUGCCCAUCUACGCAGCCUACAAGUUCUGCAGCCUCCCAGGCUCCUUCCGAGAGAAACUGGCCCAAGCCAUCACACCCGAGAAGGACCGUGAGCUCGUGAACCGAGGGGAGGUGCGCCAGUUCACGCUGCGCCACUGGCUCCUGGUGUAGCACAACAGUGAACUGGGAAGCCGGGCAGGUCCUUGCCAGGGAGAGGCGCUCGGAGAAAGAGGGCCACCCCACCCUGGAACCUCAGCUUCACGGAGAGCAAACACCCAGGGACCGGCUUGCUGUGUCCCGUGUGGCAUGAGAACCACACUGAUCCCUUCAACGAGGUCAACUGGUUGCCAUCAUGCCUGGCCGGUGGCCCCUGCAGCUCGUGUGGCCCAUGGCCUGCAGGAGGACUCGGCUACUGUACAUAUACCAUGCGAGUCCCCUUGCCCACUGAGGCCACAUGGGCCACUUGUGUUGCUCAGAUUUAAAAGCCAAGUCCCCUGCAUGUCUGAGCGGGCAGAGAUGGAAGGAAAGAGACCAGAUCUGUGCAGUCCUUUUCCUGGGACCAGAGGGUGCCACUCACCUGUCGCACACGUGGGCUUCACCCAGGGCUGUGGAGGACCAGGGCUGGUGUAUGCGAUGGACGCGCUGCUUUCUAGCAACAGAGAGAAGUAUUUCUCCUGGGAGCCAGCUCAGGCUGCUGCUACUCCUGGUCAGCCUGGCCCUGCCACGCUGUGGGCUUGACCAGAAAACAUCCCCCCCAAGGCCACCUGAGUGCCCAGAGCCCACUGUCUGCCUGGCUAGGGCUGUGACCUGUGGGGUCGCAGGCACAUGUGACGUCUUGGGACACUUCACCUGCUAGGAACUGGCAUUUUAAAUCCUAUUUAUCUGUGUCCAAACAAAUUCUCCAAAUACAUGGUUGUUGGCUGAUGCUCUGGGUUUUGUUUACAAGAAUAAUUAGCAAUACCAGGGAAGCCCGUGGCCGAGUCCCACCUGCCUCGGCCACCCUCUCAGCACACUGGCCACCCUAGGGCUCAGCGGGGCCUGGCUUACCCCGCUCCUGCGGGGCGGCUGAGCAAGCUCCCAUCUAUGCUGGUGUCACAGAGCCAUGCGGCCCUUGUGCUGCCCAGAGGGGCAGCUGCCACGCAGGAAGCGCACCUCAGCCUAGGGACAGGUGGACGUGGUGGGGAACCUGGCUGUCGCCUGCCUGCGGGGAGAUGGGGUGCAGUCUCGGCUAAGAGGGACCAGGUUUGCCAUCACCCGCCUGAGGAGCGGCUCCAUGUAGAAGCCAGGCAUCAUCAGCCUCUGUCUCUGUCCCGUAGUGAGUAUCAUGUGUGGGU